UGGCCUGUCCGGCCAAUUGCCAAGCCAGUAUUGGUCGUUGUUGACCCUGUCCUUGUGGCUUAGCACUUCGCAGACUUGUGAAAACUUGUGUUGCAUCAACACAUCAAUGCGUGACCAAGUCUAGACUAGAGUCUAGCCUUUAGAAGAAUCGCUGGUCACGGUGAGAGACUUCUUAUCAGACAAUAAAUCUAGAUUUUCGCGGAACGAGCUGUUUACCGCCCACUUCUUUUAGUUGAGCCUUCCUUCUUCCCUUCCUCUCAGCCAUCAAUCGAAAACAAGUACCACCAUAUUGUAUCGUGGACGAGAAAAGAGAUGACGAGAAGAUCAUCUCGAAGAGUCCCUGGCAAGACGGACGAUGCUCCUUGCAAGACGGACGAUGCUCCUUGCAGCAGUGAGACGGUCUUUGUUACCUCGCUUCCAAAAAAUGCGGUCGCUUCUAAUACACCACGCAGCAGAAGUGUUGGAGGUCAGAACAUGAAGACCAGAAAACAAAAGGAUGAGACAGAAGGUUGUGUUUCUGGUUCUGGGGAAACCCGGCGACUAUCGAGGCGAAGUGGAGGUAAAAAGGGAGGGAAAGAAUCAAAAAGCGUGGUAUCCACAGAGUGUAAUACUUGUGUAGAAACUUCAAGCAAUCAGGGAGAUGCAGCGCAGAGACUGCAGACUUCUGGUUAUGAUGCAAAUGGCAAUGUGAUGAUGCCAUCUUCUGAGACUUCACUCAAGCUGAAGGAUUCCCCUGAUGAUUUCUCUCUGACAUUUGAAGACUCCAAGGAAAAGAACCCGUUCAGUUCGUUGUCCGUCGCAGACGUGAAACCGUCGUAUUGGCCCAAAGUGUACGACACCAGCACCAAUGUCUUCCACUACGUGAACAACCUGAGUAUGGGAAGGAUGUGUCAUUUUAACAGACAGGCUGUUGAAGAGACUUACAUUAGUUCUCGGCUUGACAGUUUUGAGAUCGUAAAUGGAGAUCAGCCGUUUAAAACACGUGUGACCACGGUCGACUGGCACCCAAAGCAGACAAACCUUGUGACAGUGGGGAGCAAGCACGGAGAUGUUGUGUUCUACAGGGUCGGCCGAGAGGACCACAGUUCCUACUUUGAGGAGACUGGUCGGCUAGAUGGGCUGGGUCCAGGAGGCUCUGUGUCAGCUCUGAAGUUCCACCCGGAGGAAGAAGAGAAGUUCUACACGGCGUCGCUGUCCGGCCGGGUGUGUCUCUGGAAUGCUCACACGGGCAGGGAGGAACGGGAGAUGUUCAACACCUUCUCCUGGGAGAACUGGUUCUGCUCCCUGGACGUUCACCAGCGAGAGGACUUGGUGGUGUUUGGUCACAGCACGGGACGCGUCCACCUACAGUCCAGAGGCGGCGAGACAGUGUGGACCAAGCGACUCCACAAGAAGAAGGUGACUCAUGCCGAGUUUUCCCCGCGAGAGCCGGCCUUGCUGUGCACCGCGUCCUUGGACCACACGGUCAAAAUGUGGGAUAUGCGCAUGAUUAAGGAGACUGCACCCAUGGCGUGUUUACUGCAUGACAGGGGAGUCAACUCAGCCUACUUCAGUCUGACUGAUGGCUGCCGACUUCUCACCACUGACCAGUUCGACGACUUGCGAGUUUACCGAGCUCCGCUGUGGCACCUGGAGACGAGGAUAAAGCAUCCGCACCGCUUCUUCCAGCAUCUGACACCCAUAAAGGCGUACUGGCAUCCGGUGAAGGACCUCAUCGUCUGCGGUCGUUUCCCGGACAUGACCUGCUUCCCGGAGCUGGGGCCGUACCGAAUGGUGGACAUUUAUGACGCAGCCACGGGCAGGCACAGGUGUGAGAUGAAGGACGUGCGCCACGACAAGAUUGUCUCUCUGUGCAAGUUCAAUAACACUGGAGACAAGCUUUUGACUUCAAUGGGGUUCCAAGUGCAUUUGUGGUCCCAUCAGUCUUUGCUUGAGGAGGAUUUCGCCUCGGAGAAAGAGCGGGAUGAGCUGGCCAGGACGUACGGUGGUCUGUGGGAGAGGUCCAGCGGCAGCACGGGACGACCAAAGUCAGGAGGAAGUGGAAGGACGGGUGGCGGAGACGGGAAGAAGAAGCGAGGAAAUAGUGACCACGAUUACGACAUCACAGCUUUGAAGAAGAAAGCCAAGGCGGAAGCGUCUCGGAAAAGAAACACCAAAGAGGGAAAAGAGUCGUCAGGGAAAGGUUCAAAGUCUUCACAAGGGAAGAAACCGGCAAAGUGAUUCUGGGUGGCCAGUGGCAGGUAGGGCAGUGACAAUUUUGACCAGAUAUUUUGUGCCGCUUUUACAGACAGUACUGGAAUGUAGGGCAGUGACAAUUUUGACCAGAUAUUUUGUGCCGCUUUUACGGACAGUACUGGAAUGUAGGACCUCUAGACAGGUCUCGUUUUUUCUGCUGUUAUUACAAUUCAUGUCCUCAGUUGUUGUGUGUGAUUAUCACAAAGAUGCAAACAGAUCCCGUUAUCUGAUCAAAAUGGUUGUUUGAAAGCGGACCAACCUUAUGUUUUCAGCAGUUGUAGUUCCCACAAUUUACAGACAUAACUGGAAUUUACCAACAAAAAGACAGCUCACAUGUUUUGUUGCUUUUAUAACAAUUCGUGCCCCCAGUUGACAUGUGUAAUUAUCUACAAAGAUGCAGAUGGGGUGUCUCUCUGUCUCAUCAAAAUGGUCGUUUGAAUGUUGACUGACCGAAUGUUUCCAUCUGCUGUAGUGAGCUGCCGUCACGUGUAUAUAAAUAGCCUCCUCCGUAAGUGUUUUGUUGAUGGCGUGUGGUUGGAGGGCUCCUCUCUUAUUACUUCCUGCUUCUUUUCUUUCCUGGCUGUUGUUUCUGUCUUGUUGGCGGUUGCCAGGUGCUCUGGUGUGAUUUGUUCCUUUUUUCUUAUCAUCAAACUUCUAGUGUCCUUAUCUUGUCUCCUUUUUGGUAUAUAUAUAUUACUCUCUUGUAAUGCCUGAUCUUUGGGACUUCUAGAACUUAUCAUGUUGCAAGUGCCAUAAUCAUAUAAUUCUUACUACAGCUUCUGUCUUACUUUCUCUCCACAUACUUAAUGACUUUUUUUUUGGGGGGGGGGGGGGUUUGGUCAAUGUUCUUCUCUAAACGUGGUCUUGUUUUUUGUGAGGAAGACGGGGUUCUUGGGUGGCCAUCUGUACAUGAAGACAGGGUUCUUGGGUCGCCAUCUGUACAUGAAGACAGGGUUCUUGAGUGGCCAUCUGUACAUUAAUUUGGGAGAAAAUAUUUGAGAAAGGUUGGGAAAAAAAAAAUUUGUUUCCCUUUGGGUAGGUUAGAACUGUCCACAUCUUUGUUUAGUUUGUUGCUAAGAGUACCACCGUAACAGUCCUUGUGGGGACUAUUAACUCAUUGAAGACGCAAGUUUUUCACCGAGAAUUUCCCUGACCGAGAAUUUCCCACGAGACGCAUGAUUUUUACCUAUUUAAAAAAAAUCAGUGGGAUAAACCUAACAACAGUACAAGUAUAAAAUUUGACGAAAAGUAAGAUCAUUUAUGUAUAUUUACAUAAAAUGCAUUUAUUUUCACAAAAUCUUUGAAAAAUUAUGUUCUUCGUGAGAAAAAAAAAUGUAUGUAAACGUGAAAAAACCUUUUUAGAUGAGCUAAGCACAUGGUUGUCAAAAUUGACCGUAGUCAAAUAGAAUGAUUUCAAACAAGUAAUACAAAGUGUAAGAAAAGAAUAAUGACAAUGUCCAAAAGUUGUGGGCAUGUCAGCCAUUUUUAUAGAGGUUUUUAUGAAUUUUGGACAUAUAUACAGUCUCGCUGAAUACCGCUACUGAAAGAGAAAUGUCAAGUCACCAACAAAAUUCAAGAUAAAAGAGCAAAGAUGGAACACAAUGAACAGUUUCCUUCUAAAAGAAGAAGCAGGUGCAUGGAAUGCACACACACACACACACGCACGCUCACGCGCACGCACACAAACACUCACACGUACACACACACACAAACACACACAUGCUUACACACUACAUGUCAUAAUAUACAUGUAAUACAUUAUAAUAUAGUCAAACAAAUAAAAAAGAUAACUAAGCAUAGUUCUCCAUUGAAUGAAAUGCCUCAAAGCAAGCGGUGGGACACAGAGGCUUUUGGCUCGAUUUGCAUCUGAAGUGCCUCUAGGGUGCCUUGUUUUUUAGGUCUGCUCUGCUCGCACCAGCUGUUAUCAUUUUUGCGUAGCACACAACACAGGCAAGGCGCUUCAGUCUCUGGCCCUCAGCGUUGAUGUGCUCCAGAAAGUGUCCUCCUGUGAAGGCCUGACCUGUGCCAACGAUUGUCUGAAAUACUGAUUCGUCGGUGUCUUGAUCGUCUUGACCAGAGGGUCAGUAUCAAACAGUUUAUAAAAAUGGAAGGGAGUUGCGUCAGCAGCCAUAGUAGUCUAGAAGCCACUGUCCCCAGUAAAAGGUGGUUCCAAGGGGAAACCGUGACAGUUUUUCACCCAGUCGAACAUCCCCUCAUCAUCUUGCUCCUCCUCCCAACCACCACUGCCACGUUCUGCACCUGUGUCUUCAUCACUGCUGCUAGCAGCUGGCUCUAACGUAGGUCGAAAAGGUCUAGAUCUAGAAGUUGUAGCUCCCGAGCUAGGCCAGGCCCAGGUCUUGGGUCAGCUUGGCUUGCAGGAUCAGCUGAUCCAGAGGCAACGCCCAUUUCCUCUUCUUCCUCACUUGUCCCACUAUCCCUUCUAACUAUCAAACCUUCCUCGUCGCUUCUGAGGUCUUCAAAAGAAGCAUCAAAGUCAUCACCACUCUCUUCAAGUGCUUGGUAAGGAGCAUCGUCGUUAUCUGAUCCCUCCUGAAUCAUCUCGAUCGCUUCUAGCCAUGUUUCUUGUUUACAUAAAAAGUAGGUCAGGUCAGCGUGUUUCACAAGAUCGCUUAUAGCAGACAAUUCGGGUGACCAAUGGUCAAAGGGACACAACAGCAAUAAAGAUAAAUGGUUUAACUGACACUAGGAGUCAUUCCCCUUGAAAUUCUAUUAGUUUUUAGGUUUAAAAAAAAUGGUACAGUUUCCCAGAACCCGGCGCGUCUUCUGCGUUUGUUGACCUCGCCGGCGAGUCGUCAAUGAGUUAAGGAAUUAUAUUAUAGUCCAGAAAUGUUACCCAGGCUCUUCAAGUAACUCGUUUAGAUUUUCUAUUAGACGGGGUGAAUUUGCAUAGAUUCACUGAGACCCAGGAAUUCCACAAGAAUUUGAGAAUAGGCGGAUUUCGCCGUAAGGUCCCACAGAUUUCCCACUUUUCCAAAAUUUUGUGAUUUUUUCAAUCUUUGUCUAGACAGAUGUAUCAUAUAUCAAAUUGAAGCUCUUUAAAAGGGGAAUUCAAAUAUGUGAACUAAAGAGUCAGCGAAGGUUCAGGAAAAAAAAAUUAACAAAAAAGCGACCUCUCCUCAGUAUUUCCAAUAUAAUCCAAUGUUUCAGAAAAAACACCACAAUCCAUGAACACACAGCCACAGUUGAAAAAAUUUUGUAUUGCAGUAUUCAAUUACCCCCCUCCCCACCAAAUAAAACAACAAAAAACAUUCCAAAAAAAGAAUUAAUCUAAAAAAUGUCUCCCCCGAUUGUCUGUAGUUGGAGGGCAGAGGACCAUUACCUCCUGGAGGUGUACGACACAACACAUAUCUCUGGGACAUGAGGGAAAAUGAAAGAGAGAAGCCCCUUAUUUCCUCAUGAAGGAAACAAGGAGCUCUCCAUAUCCUAGAGCUUCUUGUGGUGGAAUGACCUGCAAAAAAGAAAUGGAAAGAAUUAUAUUAUAGAGAUCUACCCAUAUAAAAAAGAUUUUAAUCAAAAUUGGGACUUUAGAAAUCUAUUCUUUUAUCGAGAAUAAAUUAAAAAAUCACCAGCUGUCUCCAUAUGAUAAAAUAGGUGUAGCAUGGAUUUUAACACCAAUUUCCAAGGGUAAAACAUUUAUUAUUAUUACUGUUUAGUGGAUUACAUAAAAUGAACCUAAUAGAGAAAUAUCCGCCUUCAGAAAAAAAAGGGAAACAUAUAGAAAUAUUGAACUGAAAAAAAAACCCCAAACAAAACUUGGUAAAAAAGUGUUGAACUGAAAAAACAAAAACAAAAAUGAAACAUGGUAAACAAAUGUCAAUCUGAAAGGAAACAAAAAAACCCCCAGUGAAACAUAGAAAAGAACUUUUCAACUGGAAAAGGUACAGUUGAAACAUGGUGGCGAAAUGGUGAACUAAACAAAAACAAAUGCAAUAUGGCAGAGUUAUGUCCAGCUGAAAAAAUAAAUAAAACAUGGUUGAGAAAUGAAUGUUUGGACAAAAAACCAAAUGAAACACGGUAGAGAAACAUACAGGGGGAAAAAACAAAUGAAAGAUGAUAGGCAAAGAAAAGAAAAAUUUACAACGGCAUUGUACGUGAGUUCCUUCCUUCCAACUGUGUACGUAUAGAAACGAAGUCUCCAAUCCUUGGCUCAGUUGGAUCUAAGGUGGUGGACUCGGUUUCCUCAUGCUGGUAGGUAGAAGGCUCUGGGUCCUCCAAAAAUGCCUCGUCAAGGACACUGGGGUGGCUGUUUCAUAAAAUAAAAAUAAAAAAAGUUGCUUUACAUCACACAUACACUACACACGCACACAUGUGUAUCAAUGAGUUCAUGCAAACAUCCGUAGAGGUAGAAAUUAUUAUUAUCAUCAGUUUUAUAGGAAAAAAUGAUCCCUCACCUUGGUCGGAUCUUGUGGAUGAUGUGGGUGCCGACAUACUCCUGGUUGUGGCACCCACCUUCAUCCCUCCGACAGGCAGGGCAGAAGCAUGCCAGCGUCCUGGUCUUUAUAAUGUAGUUGGAGACCCUCUCCGCCUGGUGGAUCCUCCGGGUCCCAGGGAUGGUGGUCAUAUCAGUCUCUGGACGGUACCUUAGGAUUUCAUUUUUUCCAACCAGGAAGAAUUCCUGUCGGAAACCGUCCUGAGAUCUUUCCCAUACUCCGACCCAAAGAAAAACGUUGUAUCUUUUGGCCUGAGAAGGGAAAACAGUAGAACUGUACCUAAAAUAUCUCAAUGUUGUGAUGAAUUAGGGGCACAGAGUACGUCAUAAUUCAUGUAUGCGAGAUGUGGGUACUUAUUAACAAAAAGGGCAUAAUUUUAUACAUUGAAACAAAAAAAGCCAACGACAUAGAAAAGACAAAGAGAGGGAUAAGAACACACAACUGAUGAAAUUAUUUUGUUACCAGUGUACAGGCUAAGGUCAGCAAAGGUGCCCUUUCCUUUGUACUGGCCAGCACAGCCAUCACUGAAUAUGUACAUUUUUUGUACAUUGAGUGCUGUCUUGGCCAAAGCCUCCAAGGACAUCACAGUGAAAUGGUGCACAGCAUGAUAAUCAUGACAUAUAUCGUCUGACUUGAACACCAUGCUGUGCCUCACUAGUCCUUCACCACUUCGGUAGAAGCAGACGAUGGGAUGCAUGGUGAUCUGAGACUUGCCAAAAUGGGCACUCUUUUCUGUCGUCUCUUCGGCAAUUGCUUGUCCAGUCUCUGACACGACUGACGUCCAACCCAAACAGUAUGUGAGUAUGCUUCUCCUUCUUCCGUACUGAUUGACGUGUCCAGAAUUUUUACCUUCUUCCUUGUCGUUCCAUCUUUAUGCAUUUCAAAUCCUGUGCUUCUUUUCAGUACCUUCUCACGGAUGAAACUCAUUCGAAUGGUGCGGUGA